AUGAAGAACCCAAUGCUGGAGGUGGUGUCCCUACUCCUGGAGAAGCUGCUCCUCAUCUCCAACCUCAAGUUCUUCAGUUCCGGCGCUCCUGCGGAGGACAGGGCGAAAAGCAGUUUUCACGAGAUUAACUCUUUCCUCCGAGGCGACGUGCUGGAGGUGCCCCGGACCCACCUGACCCAUUAUGGUAUCUACUUGGGCGACAAUCGCGUCGCCCACCUGAUGCCCGACAUCCUAUUGGCCCUGACCGAUGACCAGGGGCUCACGCAGAAAGUAGUAUCUAAUAAGCGUCUCAUCCUGGGCGUCAUUGGCAAGGUGGCCAGCAUCCGCGUGGACACGGUAGAGGACUUCGCCUACGGAAGUGAUAUCCUGGUCAAUCACCUGGAUGAGUCCCUCCAGAAGAAGGCGCUUGUCAACGAGGAGGUGGCGCGGAGAGCGGAGAAGCUGCUAGGCAUGACCUCCUACAGCCUAUUGUGGAACAACUGUGAGCACUUCGUGACUUACUGUAGAUACGGCACCCGGAUCAGCCCCCAGGCCGACAAGUUUUGUGAGAAUGUGAAGAUUAUUAUUCGUGAUCAGAGAAGUGUUCUUGCUUCAGCAGUUUUGGGAUUAGCAUCUAUAGUCUGUCUGGGCAUGGCAUCAUAUACAACUCUUCCGGCAAUUUUUAUUCCGUUCUGCUUAUGGAUGGUGGGUUAACUUCACACCCCCACAUCAAUGUGUGUAUUCUGUGUGUAAAUAUGUUUAUAUUUAUAGAGCACAAAUUACUAUAAGCAUUGUUAAGAAAAAUGUGACCUGUAACACUGUGUUCUGGAUAAAAAUGUGAUUAAGAAUCACAGAGUGCUUACUGUGUAAGCCCAAGAACAAAGGCUUUCGGAAACUUCACAGAUGGUUCAGUUUUAAAGUACUUCCCAAGCUUGGAAGCGUGACAGUUUCUGGUAGAAUUCAGC